UGAUGUGGCGGUGCUUCUUGUUUUCCGGGGUUUAUAACGCACUAUCAUCAUCCUGUCGUAAAGUCAAGAAGUCGAACUAGUCGAAGUUUGCACACUCCGAAAUUAACACUCAACCGGCGUUGAUUGCCAUUUGCGGAUUUCAGAACGUCUUCUGCCACUACCGCCAUGUCCUCACGCGAAGCAGAACGUGUCAACUCUGCACAACAGACCCUGGACAUUCUUCAAGAAAUCUCACAGCUUCUGAACACGAGACUGGACCGAGAGACACUGACAACAUGUGUGAGGAUGAUAGAAAGCGGGGUCAAUCCUGAAGCACUGGCGGCUGUGAUCCUGGAGCUUCGACGAGAGAGUUCUGCAUUGAAUGGGCAGGACCCUACUUUUGUUUCUCGGUAACAAGAACAAGCCCUGCGGCACUUGAACGGAAUCAUGAGAGAAUUGGGUCUACUGUGACGGUCCUGCCCUCCAUCAUUUCAGUAGCCUCUCUUGGACUAUAUUGACGCUGAGAUUUGUAUCAUGGCAGACGUAUUAGUUGCCUGAUCAGGUAGCAACAGCUCGUGACGCAGAUGGACGCUCGCUGUACUUUAAUAUUUUACCAUCGAUUUUCCAUGUAGAGCACAUUGGAAAGUGAGGACAGUAGGAAGGCUAGAAUGCCCAGCAUAUCCUGCAGGAAAAAUG